AUGGCCGACACGCUGGCCGAGAACACCGCUAAGCUUCAGCUCGACGAGGAGACCGGGGAGAUGGUCUCCAAGGGCGAGCUGAAGAAGCGAUUGCAGAAGCGUGCCAAAAAGGCCGCCUCCGCCAAAAAGGCCGCCGAGCAGCCCGCCGCCACGCCCAAGACCACGGUCCCGAAACCCGCCAAAGCGCCCGAGGAGCAGCUUGAUCCCGAUGCCAUGUUUAAGCAGGGCUGGUUGGCCGGCGUGCACCGCGAACGCCCCGUCAAGCCUGUUGUCACGCGAUUCCCCCCCGAGCCGAACGGAUAUCUGCAUCUGGGACACUGCAAGGCCAUUGCGAUCAACUUUGGCUUUGCGCGCUAUCAUGGAGGUCAUACUAUUCUGAGAUUCGACGACACGAACCCCGAGGCGGAGGAGGAGAAAUACUUCUUGGCGAUCGAGGAUAUCAUUCAGUGGCUGGGAUUCAAGCCUCACGGCAUCACACACUCCAGCGACAACUUCGACAAGCUGUACGAGCUGGCCGAGAAGCUGAUCAACCUAGAAAAGGCUUACGUGUGCCACUGCAGCGACGUCGAGAUCAAGGAGCAGCGCGGUGGAGAGAAGAACGGACCUCGGUUCCGCUGCGCGCAUGCCAAGCAGGACGUCGCGACCAACCUCCGGAAGUUCCGAGACAUGCGGGACGGAAAGUACGAGCCUCAGACGGCCUUCUUGCGUAUGAAGCAGGAUAUUGAGAGCGGCAACCCUCAAAUGUGGGAUCUGGCCGCGUAUCGCGUGCUGAAGAAACCUCAUCACAAGACGGGAGAUCGGUGGCAGAUCUAUCCCACGUACGAUUUCGCCCACUGUCUCUGCGAUAGCUUCGAGGGCAUCACGCACAGUCUGUGCACCACCGAGUUCAUUCUGUCGCGGGAGAGCUACGAGUGGUUGAACACGUCGCUGGGCGUGUAUGAGCCCAUGCAGCGUGAAUAUGGCCGCAUGAAUGUCAGCGGAACGGUUAUGAGCAAGAGAGCCCUGAAGAAAUUGGUGGACGGCAACUACGUGCGCGGCUGGGAUGACCCCCGACUGUACACCGUCAUCGCCCUGCGUCGCCGAGGUAUCCCCCCGGAGGCCAUUUUGUCUUUCAUCAACGAGCUUGGUGUCACGACCGCCAAGACCGUUAUCCAGAUCUCCCGUUUCGAGCAGUCGGUGCGCUCCUACCUCGAGACGCGGGUACCCCGUCUGAUGCUCGUCCUCGAUCCGCUCCCCGUUGUCAUCGAAGAUUUCGACACCGUCGACGCCGCGGAGACGGAGUUGGACAUUCCGUUCGCCCCUAAGGAUCCCGCCAUGGGAUCCCACAAGCUCAACUGGACCAAGACCGUCUACAUCGAACGAAGCGACUUCCGCGACACCGACAGCAAGGACUACUUCCGUCUGGCGCCCGGCAAGACGGUCGGUCUGUUCAAGGCACCGCUGCCCAUCACGGCGACCAGCUUCUCCACGGACGCUAACGGCAAGGUCACCGAGGUGCGCGCCGUGCUGAACCGCGACGGCAAGAAGCCCAAGACCUACAUACACUGGGUGCCGGAGGGAUCGCGCAAGGUCGAGGCCCGCGUGCACGACGCGCUGUUCAAGUCCGACGACCCGACCGCCGUGGAGGGCGGUUUCCUGAACGACAUCAACGAGAACAGCGAGACCAUUUACCCCGAGGCUCUGGCUGAGGCCGGAUUCGACGAGGUGCGCCGCAGGGCUCCUUGGCCUGCUGCGGCCGGGGAGAAGGGCAAGAGUGGGCCGGAGAGUGUCCGGUUCCAGGCCAUGCGUGUUGCCUACUUCGCCGUGGACUCGGACUCGACCGACGACAAGGUGGUGCUUAACCGCAUUGUGUCAUUGAAGCAGGACACCGGCAAGGCUGGCAACUAA